CGCACCGCUUUGCGCCGUCUCUACCUAAUAUUCGCGCCCUCUCAACCCUUGUCGCUCAAUAUUCUUUAACAUAAUAAAACACCAACCCGUCACCCCCUUCAUUAAUCAUUUAAAAUAUAGACCAUGCGGCCGACGACAAAACAAAUACAUGUUAUGUGAAAUCAAAGUCAGUGGGUCAAUGGCAAAAUCUUUGCAGAGAUUGCUUACAUCAUUGUUACAAUAAAUUCGGCGGGAAACAUACAUAAGACAUAAAAUUAAUGAAAACAAAGAUGGUAAUGAAAAGGUUUUAAUUUGUCCUUUAUGUAUAAAAUGCGAAGACCUUUUUUAAAAUGAGUGAUGUGAAUGAAAUGCUUUUGGACAUAAUAUCAUGAAAACUGACUGAAAAAAUGGAUAAAACACAGCGAGGGCGUUUGGCAAAAAUUUGUAUAUGUUUAGUCCCACCAUGGCGAUUUUUGGAUUUAUCAGACGAAAAAUUGUACCUGGCGUACACUCAGAGACAGAGGCAAGGAGCAGUUUUACGUUGGAUUGCGCUGGGUUUACUGCUGCAAAUAUUUAUUGCGCUGGUGCCGGGAGAAUCUAAUUUAGAAUUUGCUUAUGCAUCCGUGGUUAUUGCAAUAUUAAUAAACGUAAGCCUGGCUAUUGUGUAUGCUCUCAUUCGUAGAGCGCGACCGGCUCUCAAUCACAUUGCAUGGUUUGUGCUUUGGGUGCAAUUGUUAAUAAGUGCCUCGCGAAGGGUUGGUGAUUCUUACAACGAGUUACUAGGAUGGGCUAUCGUGUUACAGUAUUUCACCCUAACAACCCUCCCAUUCCAUCACUUGUUGCUCACCGUUUAUAGUACAAUUUCUUUCUCAGCUUACUUAUUGAUACAGUACUACAAUGCGUCUAUUUGGGAUGAUAGAGUCGAAGGCAAUUUACUGUCACAGCAAUUAGCGAAUGGAUGUUUAUUAUUUGGAGCUACGCUACUUGGCGGAACAGCCUAUGUUAUAAAUGAGCGAAAACAGCGUCAAUCUUUUCAAGAAACGAAAAGGAGCUUAGGUGAUAAACUGACUAUUGAGCAACAGAGUAAAGAACAGGAAAGAUUGCUACUAUCAGUGCUACCGGAACACGUAGCUGUGAAAAUGAGAGCCGAUUUGGGCCUCAUUGAUACACAAUUUAAAAAAAUUUACAUGUCAAGGCAUGAAAAUGUAAGCAUUUUAUAUGCAGACAUUGUAGGAUUUACGGCUAUCUCUUCCACAUACUCAGCUCAAGAUCUUGUGGCAAUACUUAAUGAGUUAUUUGCUCGAUUUGAUCGGCUAGCAGAGAAAUAUCAACAGUUGCGUAUAAAGAUUCUCGGUGAUUGCUACUAUUGUAUCAGCGGUGCUCCCGUGGAAAGACCGGACCAUGCAGUGCUAUGUGUGCACAUGGGUUUAUCUAUGGUUAAAGCUAUUAAGUACGUACAACGAAUAACGAAUUCCCCCGUGGAUAUGCGAGUCGGCAUUCAUACUGGUGCAGUGCUUGCCGGAGUACUGGGUCAGCGACAAUGGCAGUUCGAUGUGUAUUCCCGGGAUGUGGAAUUGGCAAAUAAAAUGGAAAGCAGCGGCAUGGCCGGACGCGUGCACGUGUCGGAAGUGACGCUCAGUUUCCUGAACGACGAGUUCGAAGUAGAGCCCGCACAUGGCGAGCGCCGCGAGGAGAUGCUGCGGCAAGCGGGGAUCAAGACUUACUUCAUUGUUCGGUUCAAGGGGAGCGAAGAAAAAUGUAUCGAAGGCGAGGCGGGUGGAGGCGACUGGCCCGACGUUCUCUCCGACCUCAAAGACGACGAUGAGGACUCGGUUCUUUCCCCGCAAGAUGAAACACAGGUCAGCGAAGAGAUGAAAAUCCACGCUAUGUUGCAAGAGGAACUGGUUAACCGCGAUGAUGACAAGGAGCUCGCGGACGGGACGACCCUCUGUUUAACUUUCAAAGACAACGAGGUCGAAAGUGGUUACGCGCAGCGCGGCAACUCGUACCCGCAGGCGAUCGGAGCCCCGCCGAUGAUAAUCCUGCCCGCUUUAACGCCUAUUAUCACAUUCGCUGUUCCCAGCACUUUGACAUUCCAAGCCUUUUACAUCGCCCUUAUUGUAGAAGCCUGCGCUCUCAAUAUAUUGUACCUCGUCGUCUUCCGAUGCGCCCAGUAUAAGAAUAAGAAGAUUCCUACUUAUUGGAAGUUGGCAUGCGGAUUGCUAAAUAUCGCCGUAUUCGUUUCUCUAAACAUUAUUCCUUUGAUUCUUUGCGGCCAUAUCGAGAGCAACUUAGAAGACGAACAAUUGAGCCCCAAAAAUGUGGAAAUGGUGAAAAAUCAACGUUGCUUACACUCCUCCUAUUAUUAUCACAUGGGUGUCGGGGUAGCGUGCAGCGUGCUAUGGGUGCGUCCACUGCGCGAGGGCUACCGCGUGUUCAUGCUGCUUUGUGUGGCGGUCGCGUACGCGCUCCCUGCGGUGUUGUACCCGGCGCUGCUCACCCGAUACCACCUGCCUUAUGAUCCCUUUGAACAUAUUAAUGUGACGGCCUUCAAUGAUACUAUGGUGCUGGAUUUCAUGUCCCAGGUUCACGCUACACGACACAUAAUAAUGCUGUUUAUUGUUAUCAUCGGGUUGAUUAUUUAUCACAGAUAUUGCGAGUCACUGGAACGCGCGCGGUAUUCCCGCGGCGCUCGCAUGCGCGGGCAGGCGGAGCAGGCGCGCGAGCUGCGGCGCCGCAACGAGGCGCUCGUGCACAACGUGCUGCCGCCGCACGUCGCCACGCACUUCAUGGGCGCGCGGCAUCACCACCGCGACCUGUACAGCCAGAGCUACGCGGAGGUCGGCGUGCUGUUCGCGUCUAUGCCCAAUUUUACAGAGUUUUACUCAGAGGAAACGGUCAACAAUCAAGGCCUAGAAUGUUUACGGUUUCUCAACGAAGUUAUAUCGGAUUUUGAUCUCCUACUCGAAGAUUCAAAAUUCAGCAAGGACAUAAUAAAAAUAAAAACGAUUAGUUCCACAUACAUGGCGGCAUCCGGCCUAAACCCUUCGCGACAAAUGCAGCCAUCUGACGGUAUUCUGGUACGUUGGGCGCACUUGGCUUGCCUGGUGGAGUUUGCGUUAGAGCUGCAGCGUGUACUGGCUGCUAUUAAUGAGCAAUCGUUCAACCAUUUCGUGCUUCGUAUGGGAGUGAACCACGGGCCCAUCACGGCUGGGGUCAUUGGCGCUAGGAAACCACAUUACGAUAUAUGGGGCAAUACCGUUAAUGUCGCAUCUCGGAUGGAAAGCACCGGCAAGGCUGGCUGCAUACAGGUGACCGAAGAAACAUGUGAGAUUCUUCAAAAGUUUGGUUACUAUUUCGAACAACGUGGUCUGGUGGCUGUAAAGGGCAAAGGGCAGCUGAUGACUUACUACUUACAAGGCAAACAUGACGCACCCCCGCCGCAAACUGAAUGCCCAACGAUCGAUGAAACACCAGAAGCUAACGCCAGCGAUGCGCUGUUAGCAAACGGAAGCGCUUCCGCGGCGCCGCAGACGCUCGAAGAGGGAGAUGCCCAAAGACCGUUACUGCCUUAAACCUUAUUUGUAUGAACCGAAUAUUCAAACAAUACUUAAUUUUUAACACUUUUAUUAUCAAACACGUCACAAUAAUACAUUAUAUUAGUGUUGUCCUGUAUUAAAAUACUGCAAUAUUGAGUAUUUGGAAGUAACCACUUCAUCACAGUCUAAUUAUUAUCUCUUUAUUUGUUAAUUUGUGAAUUUCGUAUUGGUAUAAUAUUAGAUAUGUUUUAGCAAGUUUUGAAAUGACUAGUAACGUUUGAGUAUUCGGAGUCGCACUGGAUAAUCACUUUGUCGCAAAUCUAGAUAUAAUUUAAUCUAUGACUUAACGAAACCCUGUUGUGAGUGAACUAAAUACGAAACUAUCUUCGUCACAUACUUUGGAAUAAAAUAUUAAAACUUGUUUAAAUGUCAUCUAAGCAGCAUGUGAAUCAAAAAAAUUACAGUGAAGAGACCAUAGUAACAUGACGCAUAAUAUUAUGCACGCAAAUGAUACGCAAUGUAAAAUCUGUGUGAGAACAUUUUAUUUAUUAUUUUUAGGAAGUAGACAUAAGAAAAGAGUGUAAUAUUGAAAAUAUAAAUGGAAUCGAUACGUAUGUCAAAGUAAAAAAAAAUAUAUAAAUUUCAACUUUGGGGUAGGUACAUUGGCACUGUACUUCCAUCUGACUGUAAGCAAAUACAAUAUGUAAACGUAAACUUAAAUAGUGUAGGCACUUAGUAAAAUAUUUUCGCAUAGUUCUUCAGAAUAUUGAAUAAACAAUUGGUGUAAUAAUUUAUUCAGUUAACGCAUAAUUAUUGUACUUAUAGAUUAUUAGAAAACGAAACAUUGAACAACAUAUAGACUCAUUAUACACGAAAAAAUAUCACGAUAAUUUAAGAGUUAAACGAUACUAUUUAUAUCUUAAAAAUUUAUUUAUUUUUAAUAUCUUAUUAAUACAAAUAUGACUGAAAUUAUGAGCUAAAUGAUAUUUCUCACUAUAGAAGGAAUAUUUUAGAUUAUUUUACGGGUAAUUUACAUCUUACAUUUGUUUGUGUGUAUUAUUAUUAAAAUAUUUCAAACAUACUGUAAGAAAAGAUACUUAAAUCGGUGUCAUCGUUGUUUAUAAGUUAGUUAUGGAUGCUGUCGAGUAUUACUUCAUAAGAUGCGACGAAAUAUUAUUAUGCAGUCAUGCGUGCGCCCGGAUAUGCGAAUCGCUCUUAUGUAACUUUCAUUUUGCGGAUAAAUCUGUAAUCGGUGUUGCCUCAUCUUCAUCAUACAAAUAGGUAGCUAUAUUGUGAUAUUCAUACUAGGAAUUAGCUUAUUAUUAAAUCACCUCUAGUUGGUAUUAAUUUUAACGCGUAUUUAAAGUAGAAGAUCUUACUUAUAAGAUAAAUGUCAUCGCAUUAGUGCUUAUAGAUUGUUUUAGAGACGUGCUUUUCAUAAUGAUUCGCCUAGACAUUCUAGCCUAAGUGUAUGUAGAAAGUAGUUUUUAGUUAAAAAGUGCCGUAACAGACAUUAAUUAUGUUUUAUAAAUAGAUAUAUUGAAACUUAUCUAAACGCUUGAAUUUUAUAUUAUUAUCUGAUAUAAGUGUACAAAAGGUUUUUGAUGGUGAUACUGUAGCAAUAGUUGCUGUACUAAUCUUAGUACUGUUUAGAUAAUUUUAUUUAUUCUGUAGUAAUUAUACACUAUCCUGUGAUUUGUGAUUACUUAUUAACAUAUAAUUUUUUACAUAUUUUAGCUCAAAAGUUUAAAGGUUUAACCUUGAUAGCUAAAUCUGUACUGAAAUUCUUAUCAGUAAAUAAAGCAAUAUCUAUCUA